AUGUUUUCUCCAAACGAUCGCUGGCUAACCAAGAAUGUGGAAGCCGAAAAGGAGUCUGAAAAAGGAGAUCAAUCCUCGUCUUCCGUUCAAACCCCACCGAUUGCUGCGGAGGAACCUUCCUGGAGCCGUAAGGAUGACAAGGAAAUGGACGAAAUGCUAGGAAUGGGAGAUCAUGCUCCGCCACUUGCAAGUUCACCCGUCCAUCGAGUGACGAAUGACAAUUUGUUGAGUAUUGCCAGUCAGCAACCAGAAUAUUUCGACGAUGAAGAAGAUGUCAGCACCUUGGCCAACGACACGGUGGCCAAUGAAACCUUUUUCAAGGACAAUCGCAUGUCACCUCCUCGAAAAGUGAAUAGAGACGGCAGUAGCAAUCAAAUAUUCCCAGACUUGCAGACUCCUGAGGCUAACAGCAAACCAAAAAGCAUGUUUGGCAAGUCGUCUUCACCAACCAACACGGCACCGGAAAGUCCAGAGAAGGGUGCGGAGAAUGACGCUCUAUACUAUAAAGAUUUUGAAGAAGGAAAUCGAUUUUCUAAGCGGUUCUGGAAAGUCGUUAUGGUGGCAGCUUGUUUGGGAUCCUUUUUGAUUGCUGCGGUGAUUGUAUUGGGGAUGAAUUACUACGACAUUCGGGAAGAAAAAGGAGCCAGUGCCGCAGGUGUCCCACGCGGCAGUAGCAGCAGUGAUCUUCAAUCUUCUUCUGGAGGAGCCUCUGACAAUGGCAGCGAAUUCGAGUUUGAUAUUCGCACUGGAGCUCCCACUGAAUCCACCCCCGUUCCCAGCACUGCACCCAGUCUAUCCGCAGCCCCGUCUCUCAGCAAUGCUCCUACGGGAACCCCAUCCGUCACACCUUCGGAUUUUCCAUCCUUGGUGCCUUCCGUCGCAACACCCAGUCCAACUACUAUGGAACCUACCAUGGCUCCCACCGGAGCCUUGUCCACGGGGCCGACUCGUACGGCACUCCCCACGGGCCAACCAACGACCAUGAUUCCACUGCCCACCACGGAACCCAGUCUACCCCCCACGGGCCAACCCACCACCACGGCUCCUACUGUCAUGGACACACCAGAACCCACUGGGUCGCCCACUACCUCCGAACCUACCAUGGCUCCAACCACCCCCGAACCUACCAUGGCUCCAACCACUCUCAGCCCCACGGAGAGCAUGUCGGAAGCCCUUAUUGAAACGUUGAUCAAUGCACCCAACAUGCCAUUGGAUACCAUGAUUGACAUUGAAGCUCGAGACGAAUCUUCGAAUGCCUACCAAGUGGUCCAAUGGUUGGCCAAGGAUCCCAAUUUGAGUUCGUACUCGGACCAAGUCAUUCUACAACGUUUUGCCUUGAGUUGUCUGUACAAGGGUUUGACCAAGGACAUGGACACGAAUCCCAUGGAAACUACCUGGAUGACCUACACGGACUUUUGCGAAUGGACCGUUUCCAGUGAAACUCUGUGCAAUGGCAAUGGACUGGCCAGUUCGAUUCAUUUGGAAAAUUUUGAAUUGGAGGGGGAAUUUGGUCCGGAGAUUGCCCUCUUGAGAGAUAGCUUGACUCAUUUGGUAGUCACCAACAAUGCCAUUUACGGAAGCAUUCCUACUGAAUUUGGACUCUUGACACAACUGGAACGGCUACGAACCCACAACAAUAACAUGGUGGGGAGCUUGCCCACGGAAUUGGGGAACAUGGAACGACUAUUAUCCAUGCGAUUGGGCCGCAACCAACAUUCCGGAACCAUUCCGGUGGAAUUGGAAAACCUGCAGCAGCUCGAGACGCUCCACCUUCCCCGCAAUCAGUUGGUGGGUCAGCUCCCGGAAGCUCUGACCAAUAUGGAUUCCUUGGUCACCCUUAGUCUCAAGAACAAUAAUUUGACGGGAGAAAUUCCAGAAGACUUUUCCAAAAUGCGCAGCCUCGAAAACCUGGAACUUCAAUUCAAUGAUUUCUCGGGAGAAAUAAAAAAGAAGGACUUUUGCAAAUUGGGCCUCUUUGUUGUCGAUUGUACCGAAUUAGAGUGCAAGUGCUGCGAAGAAGAAAACUGUUGCGUGGAUUGCGAUGGAAGGCCUUUUUAA